UCAAAGUAAACAAUUUACCAAAACAUCACAACGGCCGCGAUAUUGUGCUGGAUUUUAAUAAAUACAAAUAAAUAAAUAUUUUAAUUACAUUAAAUAUUUUAACGUGGUAGUAAAACGUAAUGGAAAAACAAAAUUCGUCGGGGAAGAAUGCGAUUUUCAGAAUUUUGAAAAAUAAUCUUUUAGUGGUUUUAACUAUUAUUGGUGUGAUAUUCGGCCUAGCUCUAGGAUUUGGUAUACGAGAGGCCAGCCCGUCGGAUGACGCCAUCAUGUGGAUAGGUUUACCUGGCGAGGUUUAUAUGAGAAUGUUGAAAAUGAUGAUUUUACCAUUAAUCAUUUCUACAGUUAUAACAGGUACGGCUGCUUUAAAUCCAAAGUCUCAAGGACGUAUCAGCAUGGUAUCUGUGACGUUUAUUGCCAUAGCAAACACCGUUCCACCAGUCAUAGGGGCUGUAAUUGUCCUUCUCUUGAAUCCAGGGUCUAGUGUGAAGAAAGCUCUUACUGAGCGUAAAACCAGCUCGCGUGUCAUGCAGACGCAAGAUAUUUUUGCGGACCUAAUCAGAAAUCUAUUCCCCGACAAUUUGAUAACUGCUGCGUUUCACCAGACGAUAACAGAGUAUGACGAGGUAAUGCUUUAUGAUGAAGCAAACGACAAUAACGUAACGGCUAUCGUCAAGAAACUCGGGAAAACCAAUGGCACAAAUGUCCUAGGGCUCAUUAUAUGUUGUACACUGUUUGGUGUCGGCACAGCAUCAGUUGGAAAACAUGGUAAACAUUUCCUCAUGUUUUUCCAGUCGGCGUCGGAAGUAAUACUGCGAGUUUUACGAUGGCUAAUUUGGUUUACGCCCAUAGGUGUCGCUAGUCUCAUAGCAACUGUCCUCGCGAAAACUGGUGAUCUUGAGGGGACAUUUGAGCGUCUUGGAAUGUUUAUACUGGCGUCCAUGUUGGGUUUGGCGAUAUUCAUGUUCUUUGUCGUCCCAUUGACCUUCUUCAUCAUCAUAAGACGUAAUCCUUUAAUAUUCUUCGCCAACCUGAUAAGACCGUUUAUGAUAACUUUUGCAACUGCUAGCUCAGCCAUUGCCAUCCCCGACACCCUUUAUUUCAUGGAGUACAAAAACAAAAUUGACAAGCGCAUCUCCCGAUUUGUUGUACCAUUCUCGUCUGCUUUGAAUAAAUCUGGCAGCGCCCUCUAUAUAGCGGCGUCCUGUGUUUUUAUCUGUCAGCUGGAAGGCGUUGAAACAAACUUUCCUAAAGUUUUGAUCAUUAUAAUUUUGACGUCACUAUCAACAUUUGCCGUGCCGUCAGUUCCAAGCGCCGGUAUUGUCACAAUCAUUAUCUUACUAACAGCCAUGAAGAUCCCAACCGACGCCGUCAGCCUCCUACUUGCGAUAGAAUGGUUCCUUGACAGAUGUCGCACAGCCGGAAAUCUUUACAGCCAGAACUUGUGUGUAGCAGUUGUUCAAAAAUUUGCAAACCUGUCACCACCAGAUCCAGCAGACGACAGUGAACUAGAAGCUGUUGACAUUGAUUUUGACGUCAUUGUUGACAACACUGAAAAGACUAGAAAAGCUGCCAACGGAUGUUCUAAACUACAUAUUGAAUCUGACAAACUACUUUCCACCGGAAGUGGCAAUAAUACGUAAAUAGACAUCAUGCUUUAAAACAUCAUGUUUUAAAACAUUUGAUUGGUCGGCAAUGAUGCGUAAAUAAAUAUCAAGUUUCAACCAUUUGAUUGGUGGGCUUAAUUAUGACGUGUGCUUGAAGCGCCACCAUGCUUCCCAUUGUUAUAUGCACGUUAUUUUCGUGAUAUUUUAUUAAUCGCGAGGAUAAUGGAAACAGAGAUGAUAUGUAAAUAUGUACAUGUAUUUUAUAUGAAAUAAAAUUAGUUAGUAGAUCA